GCCGCCGGGCCCGCUUCUCCGCGCUCGCCAGUGUCCGGCCGCGGGCCGGCCUUCGUGACUGGCGGCGGGCCCGGGCCGCGUGUAGGGGGCGCGGACACCAGCCGCGGGCUGCCUUUGUCGGCCCGCGAGCUCGCUUAGAGCGGGCCGCCAGGGAGCCUCCUCGCCGCUCCCGCUGGCGAGCAAGAUGAUGUGCGAGGUGAUGCCCACUAUCAGUGAAGCAGAAGGCCCCCCGGGAGGAAGUGGAAGCCAUGGAUCUGGCUCCCCUUCACAGCCAGACGCAGAUUCUCAUUUUGAACAGCUUAUGGUCUCCAUGCUAGAAGAAAGGGAUCGUCUUCUCGACACACUGAGAGAGACUCAAGAAACAUUGGCAUUAACCCAGGGGAAAUUACACGAGGUUGGUCAUGAAAGAGACUCCUUGCAGAGACAGCUCAAUACCGCACUUCCACAGGAGUUUGCAGCACUCACGAAAGAACUCAACGUAUGCAGGGAACAGCUGCUUGAGAGGGAAGAAGAAAUUGCCGAGCUGAAAGCAGAAAGGAACAACACGAGGCUGCUCCUGGAACAUUUGGAGUGCCUUGUCUCCAGGCACGAGCGCUCCCUCAGGAUGACUGUGGUGAAGCGACAAGCGCAGUCUCCUGCAGGCGUGUCCAGUGAGGUGGAGGUGCUUAAAGCACUGAAGUCCUUAUUUGAGCACCACAAGGCCCUGGAUGAAAAGGUGCGAGAGCGAUUACGAGUAGCACUGGAAAGGUGCAGUUUGUUAGAAGAAGAAUUAGGUGCCACACACAAGGAGCUAAUGAUUCUUAAAGAACAGAAUAAUCAGAAAAAAACACUAACAGAUGGAACUCUUGACGUAAACCAUGAACAAGAAAAUACACCAAGCACUAAUGGAAAGAGAUCUUCUGAUGGCUCUUUAAGCCACGAGGAAGACCUUGCUAAAGUAAUUGAGCUCCAAGAAGUCAUAGACAAGCAGUCAAGAGAGCAGAGCCAGAUGAAGGAGCGCCUGGCUGCCCUCUCCAGCCACGUGUCGGAGUUGGAAGAGGAUCUUGACACAGCUAGAAAGGAUCUCAUCAAGUCUGAAGAAAUGAACACAAAAUUGCAAAGAGAAGUUCGCGAAGCAAUGGCCCAGAAGGAAGACAUGGAGGAGAGAAUCACUACCCUUGAAAAACGCUACCUCGCUGCACAGCGUGAAGCCACAUCUGUGCAUGACCUCAAUGAUAAACUUGAAAAUGAAAUUGCAAAUAAAGAUUCUAUACAUCGGCAGACAGAGGAUAAAAACCGCCAGUUACAGGAGCGCCUGGAGCUGGCUGAGCAGAAGCUGCAGCAGACCCUGAGGAAGGCAGAGUCGCUGCCAGAGGUGGAGGCAGAACUGGCCCAGAGAGUGGCAGCACUCUCCAAGUCUGACCCUUUGCCUACUGGGAGCUCUGCUGUUAAGGAAGCUAAACUGUUCGAACUUACUUCCAAGCUUAGGAAGGCUGAAGAAAGACAUGGCAACAUUGAAGAGAGGCUACGGCAGAUGGAGGCGCAGCUGGAAGAGAAAAACCAAGAACUGCAGCGGGCAAGGCAAAGAGAAAAGAUGAAUGAAGAACAUAAUAAACGCUUAUCAGACACUGUUGACAAGCUGCUUUCAGAGUCCAACGAGAGGCUUCAGCUCCAUCUGAAGGAGAGAAUGGCCGCGCUGGAAGAUAAGAAUUCUCUAUUACGAGAAGUUGAAAAUGCAAAAAAGCAAUUAGAAGAAACACAACAUGAUAAGGAGCAGCUUGUCCUGAACAUCGAAGCUCUGAGGGCAGAGCUGGACCAGAUGAGGCUGAGAGGGGCUUCACUCCACCUUGGCCGUCCCCACUUGGGCAGUGUCCCAGAUUUCAGGCUCCCCAUGGCAGACGGGCACACAGAUGCCUACAGCACCAGUGCAGUGUUGCGGCGCCCCCAGAAAGGCCGGCUGGCAGCGCUGCGGGACGAGCCUUCCAAGGUACAGACUCUCAAUGAACAGGAUUGGGAACGUGCCCAGCAAGCCAGUGUUUUGGCAAAUGUUGCACAGGCAUUUGAGAGCGAUGUUGAUGUGUCUGAUGGUGAAGAUGACAGGGACACUCUGCUCAGCUCAGUUGAUCUGUUGUCACCCAGCGGGCAGGCCGAUGCACAGACUCUGGCCAUGAUGCUUCAGGAACAGCUGGAUGCCAUCAACAAAGAGAUCAGGCUGAUACAAGAAGAAAAGGAAAACACAGAGCAGCGGGCAGAGGAGAUUGAGAGUAGAGUUGGCAGUGGAAGUUUAGACAAUCUUGGUCGUUUUAGAUCAAUGAGCUCUAUUCCCCCCUUUCCUGCUUCCUCGCUUGCUGGCUCCUCUCCUCCAGGCAGCGGUCGCUCCACCCCUAGAAGGGUCCCUCACAGCCCGGCCCGGGAGGUGGACCGGCUGGGCGUCAUGACUCUGCCUAGCGACUUAAGGAAACAUCGUAGAAAGUCACCAGCUUCCAGAGAAGAGGUACGAGAUGAUAAGACAACGAUAAAAUGUGAAACUUCCCCUCCCUCCUCUCCAAGGUCCCUUCGAUUAGACAGGCUGCACAAAGGGGCAUUGCAUACUGUCAGCCACGAGGACAUCAGGGACAUGAGAAACUCAACAGGCUCCCAGGAUGGUCCUGUGAGCAAUCCCAGCAGCAGUAACAGCAGCCAGGACUCGCUCCACAAAGCCCCCAAGAAGAAGGGCAUCAAGUCCUCUAUUGGCCGUUUGUUUGGCAAGAAGGAAAAGGGCCGGCCUGGACAAACUGGCAAAGAAUCUCCAGGACAAGCUGGUGUUUCAGAGACAGAAAACUCAUCUCAAGAUGCCCUGGGACUUAGCAAAUUGGGAGGACAGGCUGAAAAAAAUCGUAAACUUCAAAAAAAACACGAAUUGCUGGAGGAAGCCCGGAGGCAAGGCUUACCGUUUGCACAGUGGGAUGGGCCAACAGUGGUUGUAUGGCUGGAGCUCUGGGUUGGGAUGCCUGCUUGGUACGUGGCUGCCUGCAGAGCAAAUGUGAAAAGUGGGGCCAUCAUGUCAGCCCUGUCAGACACAGAGAUCCAACGGGAGAUUGGCAUCAGCAACCCCCUACACAGGCUGAAGUUGCGGCUGGCCAUCCAGGAGAUCAUGUCACUAACCAGCCCAUCUGCCCCGCCCACAUCGAGAACGACCACAGGAAAUGUCUGGUUAACACACGAAGAGAUGGAAACACUCGCAGCCACGCCGCAAACGACACUUGCAUAUGGGGACAUGAACCAUGAGUGGAUUGGCAAUGAGUGGCUGCCCAGCCUGGGUCUCCCUCAGUACCGCAGCUACUUCAUGGAGUGCCUUGUGGAUGCCCGGAUGCUGGACCACCUGACCAAGAAAGACCUGCGAGGGCAGCUGAAAAUGGUCGACAGUUUUCACAGAAACAGUUUCCAGUGUGGAAUUAUGUGCCUGCGAAGAUUAAAUUAUGAUCGAAAAGAACUGGAAAGAAAAAGAGAAGAAAGUCAGAAUGAAAUAAAAGAGAAGCAUUUCCAGAGACUUUGGGAUCUGCAUAGGAGACACAUACAUGAUGUGCUUGUUUGGAGCAAUGAUCGAGUGAUUCGCUGGAUCUUAUCCAUUGGCCUUAAAGAAUAUGCAAACAAUCUUAUAGAGAGUGGUGUUCACGGUGCACUUCUGGCCUUAGAUGAAACCUUCGAUUUCAAUGCACUGGCACUGUUGUUACAGAUCCCAACACAGAAUACACAGGCUCGAGCUGUCUUGGAAAGAGAGUUUAACAACCUUUUGGUCAUGGGGACUGACAGAAGGUUUGAUGAAGACGAUGACAAAAGCUUUAGGAGAGCACCUUCAUGGAGAAAGAAGUUUAGACCAAAGGACAUUCGUGGCUUGGCAGCUGGGUCAGCAGAGACACUCCCUGCAAACUUUCGAGUCACUUCUUCCAUGUCUUCCCCCUCUAUGCAGCCAAAGAAGAUGCAGAUGGACGAAGCUGAGACAAGCUUUAGUCUUCUGAGAGAAGUUGUGCUGGCCACGGCCCCUGCGGCUGUGCCUCUUCACCUGCGACCCACCCCUGAGAGCAGCAGUGUAUCAGGAACACAGAGGUUGGAUUCUGCUACAGUCAGGACUUACUCCUGCUAAAGCCUCCUGUUGUUUACCCACACUACUUCUACAGAUGAUUAUGCAGCAUUUUGAAUCCAACAGAGACUACAUUUUCAAAUUUAAUGGAAUCUCUAAUCUGUUAAUACUUGUUACAUGGACCUUAAGAUAUUUUAUUACAGAGUUUUUAAUUAGUGAAAAAUUCAUGAAUACCAUAGAGAAAAUAUUUUAGAAUUUAAUGUUUCUUAUAUUUAUGUAAACUUAUGACUCUUCAUUUAUAUACUUUUUCAUGUAUGUCCAGGCUAUAAAUACCCCUUGAGUCAAUUCAUGUUCUUAUACCUAAUUUUAGUCUUUCAAAUGAAUGUACUGUAAUGCUUGUAUGUAUAAAUCCUAUGAACAAAUAUAGGGCUUUUGUAAAUUAGGCACUUAUUGUAAUUAUCACUGUUUAAUUUUUUAAUAAUAAGCCAUGACAGAAAAGGAUUUUACUACAUUUAUAAAAUCGUCAUGACACAGCAAUGUGCAUUAUCCUUUACCUAGCUCCACAUCAAUCAUUUUAAAAUAAGCAGACUUAAUUCCAAGGAGUUGUUGUCAUAUUUUAAGGUUGACUGACCUUAACUACUUUUUCUAGCAAGAAAUCGGCAUCUAAUAAAGUUGAGACUGAACAGUUGUAUCAGAACACUAUAAAACUCCCUGGGCACCGGUUCCCUUUUCCUCACCCUGUCCCUGGACUGGGGAAGCUUCUCUUCAGAGACUAACCAGAAGCUAUGAGCUGGGAGCUGCUCUCAGCAGGGCUGGAGUGGCCAGGGGUUGGGGCCCAGCCUGGCCGCCUUCUCUCUGCCUCCCUCCUGCGAGCAGGUGGAAGGCGCCCUCCAACUACUCUGCGAGGACCAAUCACUGAGCACUGUGCUCGCAUCUCAGACAUCGGUGCAUGAGCAGAUGAAGGCAGGAAAUGCUGAAAAUAACGUUGUGCAACUCUAAUAAAGGCCUUAUUUUUCAUAUAUGUCAUCUUUAUACAUUUGUUUGUAAAUCUGUUUAAAGGAUGAACCUAGUCAUUUUUAGGUUUUGAUGAUAUAGCCAUUUUGGAUUGUAUAAGUAGCAAGUAUAACUUUUACUUUUUAAAUGGAAUAUUAAAAAGCCAGCAAGAAAGUCAGAUCAUGGUGAGUUAUUUAUUAUGCAACUGACGCAUAGAAGCAGCAUGUCUUUUUAUAUUUGGUUUCUGCUUUCAAUUCACUUGUACAAUUCAUUGUUACUGUUCUGUUUUUCUGUUAAUCUUUUGUGAACUUCCUGAUUAUGUAACAAAGUGUACAGUCUACUUUUGAACUAUUUUUAUCACAGUAUUAUUUAUUGCUUUCUUUCAAUAAAAUCCUGAAGCAUUUUCCACUGCCAA